CUUGUAAAAGCUUUUGGCAUUAUUGCUCUUGGCAACAUCAUCAGCUUUAAAGGCCCACGACACAAGCUUCGCCAGCAGAUAGAUAUUUCGGUGCUUAUCUCUCUGUCUCUCUCUACAGUUGAAUCAUAACAAUGGAGGUGAUAGUACUUCGUUCCAAGCUCGCACUUCUCUUCCUCUUCGCGGCUUGUGCCGUAUUCCUUUCGAUUCAAGCCACCGACAUCAAAUAUUGCGGGUUUUAUUGGUAUGAGUGCAGACAAGAAAGCUAAUUACAUUGUUAAGGUUGAUGAUGUAGAGAUAUCACCUUAUCCAGUGGCGACUGGCAAUCCUACCACCUUCACCAUUAAGGCUUCUACUGAUCAAGUCUUAACUGGAGGGAAAUUGUCUCUUGCUGUUUCGUAUUUUGGGGUGAAAGUCCACUCGGAAACUCAUAAUAUUUGUGAGAAAACAUCCUGCCCUAUAUCAGUUGGCAAAUUUGUGCUCUCCCACACACAAACUUUACCUGCACUCACGCCGCCAGGUUCCUACACUCUUAAGAUGAAGAUGCAAGAUGAGAAGAAACAUGAGUUAACUUGCAUUAGCUUCAAGUUCGACAUCCAACUCGGUUCAUUCAUGUCUAUUUAAAGUCCUUGUAAGAAUGCAUCUACCUUAUAUUUACUUGUGCUUGGCUUGUAAGAUAACUCUUCCAUGAAAGUACAACAUCUUGAACCUACUUCAAGUAUGGCCUUGCCUGAUGAUCUUCCAUGUUGCACUUAUUCCACUGUAGUAAUAAUGUACAUCUUGCCUCGACUGGUGUGUGUUCUGUAUUGUGGAUGUUUGCCCAGUUUAAGCAACUCCAUGCAUUCAUGUU